UAGCAAAAGUACUCAAAUUCAGCGAUGACUAUGAAAGUAUUCGCCAGCAUAUGAGGCAGUAUAUUGAAACUGGUUCAACAGUUACCCCCAACCAUGGAAGAGGGCAACGAGCAACAAAGAAAAAUGGCAGAUAUCUUGAGUCAGAUGAUGAGUCAGAGCAAGAGAAGAGUCCCAAACGGCCAAGAAAACCUGUCUCCAAGAAUGUGACAAACACAAGUGAUGCAAUAAAUGCCUUAAAAGCUAAAUAUAAUUUAAAGGAGGCAAAGCUUCUUAAUCCAUUUGAUGAUGAACAUAAUAACAUAUCAUCCGAAGAUGAAGAAGUUGCCUCUCUGAAGAAGAAAAAUGCUAAUCUGCAGAAAAUAAUUGACAAAAAAGAUAAAGAAAUUGCCCAUUUGCAUUCCAUUAUUGACAAUCUUAAAGAAAUUCAAACUCUACCUGCCCUUAUCAGUGAUUUGCGGAAGCAAGUAGAUAAAUUAAAAGAAGAAAAAGAUGUCAGUGUUAUCCCAAAUGCACCAUUAAAAGAAAAUGUUUCAUCUGGUUCAAGUUUUUCAGCAGGAUCUUCCACAAAUACCUCUGGCGAUUCUGAUUCUGAAACUGACCUGAUAUCCCUUGGACCUAAUGUAAACAUUAGUAAGGCUCAGCAUAAAGUACUCCGAUCGAAAACUGAUUUGAAAAAUUAUGUCUACUCCAUUAUGGGGAUGAUGUGGAGCAGGGAGGUCCUCUGCACUCAUUCAAUGACAGGGAGAGUGUCAAAUGCAUUCAAGGAGAAGGAUGCAAAACCCCAACUUGAUGAAGAGAAAGUAAAGACUAUAUGUGAAUAUGGCUCAAAAAGAUUUGGAUGUAAAGUGGGCGAUGUAAAGAAAAUGAUGACAGCUAGGAUAAGUAAUAUCGUUAAGGCUGAGAAAGCCAAGGACAAAGGAAUUCAAAAAUAA